AUGACGGUCCCCUCACUCCUUUCUCUGCUGCUGGCAAUUGCUGUCACAUUAUGGAGCUCACCUGUUUCAGCCUCGUCCGACUACCAUGAACAACUCUUCCUUCAACCUCUUCCGCAAUCUUCCCUCCUAGCUUCGUUCAAUUUCCGGGGUAAUUCCUCGCAACAAUCGUUCGACAACCAGCAUUUCCGAUACGUGCCAAGAGCACUUGGCCAGAUUCUUCAGCACGCGCAUACCAAAGAGCUUCACUUGCGCUUUACAACCGGACGAUGGGAUGCAGAUAGCUGGGGCUCACGGCCAUGGAAUGGAAGUAAGGAAGGAGGCACCGGCGUGGAGCUCUGGGCAUGGAUUGAUGCAGCAGAUGACGAGGAAGCAUUCGCAAACUGGAUCACCUUAACUCAAUCCUUGUCCGGCCUGUUUUGUGCAUCCUUGAACUUCGUCGACUCGACUCGAACAACACGACCAGUCGUCUCAUUUGAGCCCACAGGGCAUCAUCCUGACGCCAAUUCACUACACCUUCUGCAUGGAACACUUCCUGGAGAGGUAGUUUGCACCGAAAACCUCACACCAUUUUUGAAACUGCUUCCAUGCAAGGGCAAAACUGGAAUCUCUACUCUUUUCGACGGUCACAAACUAUUCGAUGCAGCAUGGCAAAGCAUGUCUGUUGAUGUGCAACCCAUCUGCUCAUCCGACGGUGACUGCCUUGUUCAAAUUGAACAGACCGUUGAUAUGGUUCUCGACAUUGAACGGUCGAAGCGACCGCGAGAUAAUCCAAUUCCACGGCCGGUGUCGAACGACCAGCUCGUUUGUGAUACUUCCAAGCAUUACAACGCUGACGACACGUGCUAUCCUUUGGAAAAGGUGACUGAUAAGGCGUGGAGUUUGAACGAAAUUUUUGGAAAGACCUUGAAUGGUAUCUGCCCUCUUGCAGACUCGAGUGAACAAUCCGUUUGUCUUCGAGUUCCUCAUGAGAAGGGAGUUUUCACAACCCCCGGGGCCUCGGAAUUGAAGAAGGAUGACGGUUUCACCCGCUGCUUUUCUCUGCCUGCUUCGGGGCCUUUUGACCUUUCAAUCCCAGAGCAACAACUACAGACCGAGGUGCCCCUUCAGGAGCCUGUCCUCCAUGCCGAGCGAACGAUCGUUGGUCACGGGCAAGAGCGUGGCGGCAUGCGUAUCAUAUUCGGCAACCCUUCUGAGACUAGUGCGGUUGAAUUUAUCUAUUUCGAAUCGCUUCCCUGGUUCCUACGUCCAUAUAUCCAUACUUUGCAGGCUACUAUUACGGGACGCGAUGGGGUACGUCGGGAGAUUCCCGCGUCUGAUCUCGUGACUGAGACUUUCUAUCGACCCGCCAUCGAUCGUGAACGAGGAACUCAGCUAGAGCUUGCUCUCUCUGUUCCCGCCGCUUCGACCGUCACCCUGACAUAUGACUUUGAGAAGGCUGUAUUGCGAUACACAGAGUACCCUCCAGAUGCCAAUCGAGGCUUCAAUGUUGCCCCGGCGGUGAUUCGAGUAUUAGAUGGUGCGAACUCCCGCCCAUUAUACAUUCGGACUACCAGUCUCCUUCUUCCCCUGCCGACGCCAGAUUUCAGUAUGCCUUACAAUGUGAUUAUCCUCACCAGCACCGUGAUUGCCCUUGCAUUUGGCACUGUUUUCAAUAUCCUGGUGAGGCGGGUUGUCUCCGUGGAAGAAGCGGCUGCUCUCAAUGCGCAAACCUUGAAGAGCCGGCUUUUGGGCAGAUUGGUUGCUUUGCGAGACCGCUUUGGCAAGAAAGAGAUGAAAGUGGAGUAA